AUGGUGCAGGGAGCCCAGGUCUGGUACCCACAGGGCUCAGACCUCAGGACUGGAGGACAGCGGGUGUCUGUCUGUGGUCAGGUGUCUUCAGUCUGCCCUCUGCUGGUCGUUGCAGGAACUUCCUUCUUCUGUUUCUCUCUGACCGACGGAGCUCUCUCUCUUCCUGUCCUCGUCAAGGACAGCGGGCGGCUCUGGUGGACUCAGUGUGUGUGUGUCGGUCAGAGUGUGUGUGUGACGGCGCUGCGCGUGUGCGUCCUGCGAGGCUGGAGAGGAAACAACAUCCUGUGUGCGACCGACCGAUCUGAAAUACACACAAACUACACACUCACUGACCCUGAGCCGCCGUCGGACACGCCCCCUCCGCUGAUGAUGUCACACAAUGAUGACGACGACUGUGAGGAGGAGGCGGAGCCUGAGAGAGAGGCCGGCCAAUCAGCUGUCAGGAUGAAGAAGUCCAGAGUCAUCAGUUACCAGGGCACGGUGACGGAGGUGGUGAGUGAGGGGGCGGGACUGUACGUGAUUGACAGGAAGGUGGGGCUGUGUCUGGCCUAUCAGCCGACUCCAAGGAGGAAACUGAGAGCCGGAGACUCUGUGGAGCUGCAUCACGUGCACUUCCUGUACCGGCCGUGCCCAGACUUUCCUCCCAGCAUGCUUUGCACCUGUCUGCGCUCCAGCCUGCGGGUCAGCGGCUUCAGCCGGGCGGCGAGCGACACGCCCGACACCCGUUGCCCUGCCGACGGAGCGUUACCACGGUUACUGCUGGAGAAGAACAUGGGCGUGUCCCAGUACCUGUGGGCCUGUCACCUGAGCUCCCAGCUCGCUCGCAGUCUGGUUCCAGGUGUGCUGAAGCAGCAGUGUGUGUGUGUGUUGUCAUGGAAACUGAUGGAGUGUGUGUGGAGACGAGGACGAGGACGAGGAAGGAGAGACAUCUACUCAGAGAUGUUGGACGAGCCGCACACCUGUCCUCUGACACAGUACAGCGUGGACCAUGCGGUGCAUCAGUACAUCAGUGUCUCAGGUCUCCGUGAGUGUCUGGAGACAGAGUGCUGGUCCUCAGUGUCUCUCAGCUCUCUGCUGCCCCCUGAUGGACCCGGUCUGUCCCGGUCCCAGAUCAACACCGCUCUGUCCUGGUCCUGCAGGACUCUGACCUCUGACCCCCAGGCCGGGGACAGCCUCAGGCAGCGCCCCCUGCUGCUGGUAGGUGUGUUAGAGCUGCCGUCUCAGAAGUCUGAACAGAGUCUUCAGCUCAGAGACGGGACGGGGACACUGGCCUGCGUCGUCACGGAGACCAGCCAGGGUGGAGGUCAGAGGGGGGUCUUCAACACCGCCUGGAUAGGUUGUCUGGUGUGUGUCCAGAAGUUCACCAUGGUGACGGAGAGAUUCCUCCAAUCAGAUUUCCCCUCCUACCAACACCUGGACCAAGACAACUUCAUCACACACAAACACUGCAGGGUCUACCUGCAGUUUUCUCUGGACCACCUUCACAUCCUGAGUCCCUCUGUUGCCAUGGUUACACACCUGCGACAGCAGGGGGCGGAGCCAGGAGGUGAGGUCACAGGAAGGAAGAGACGAAGAGAAGAAGAAGAAGAAGAAGAAGCCUCGUCCUCCUCCCAUCCCUGCGUCUCCAUGGUGAUCAGGGUGGAGCAGAAGGAGGGCGUGGCCUGGAGGAACUCGGGGGCGGGGCUUAAGGGCGAGGAGGCGGGGCUUACACCCUGCUUCUCCGUCAGAGCGGCUGUGAUUGGUCGGGUGGUCAGCUGGGGGCGGGACCCGAAGAACGAGCCAAUGACAGAGAGAGAGAAGGAGACAGAGAGGGAGGACAAGGUGAGACAGCCGGGGGACAGUCUGCAGCCUGUUGCUAUGGUGAUCAGGGUUUAACCAGCUGCGUGGCGUGUCCGUUUAUAUUUGGGUUCCCAUGGUAACAAGUUAGAGCUGCACGCUGCCUCUGUGACAUCACUGCUCCAGCCACGCCGAAAACACGCACAUGCAUGUGACUGCAUGGACACGUGUUUCCAGGCAACACAGAACAGGAAGUGAUGUUUACACGUCAUUUAGACACUAAUACAUGUUAGGAUCAGUGAG